UCUCUACUCUCGAUCAUCAUCUCAUAGCCGCAGAUCACCAUGUCGUCGCGAAAACCCGCCGAUGUGGCGUCGAAGGAGCGCAACGAAUACAUUCCCUCUUUCAUCUCCAAAAAGCCGUUCUAUAUCGAUGACGAAUCCUCUGCGAACGACUAUCUCGAGCAUCAACGUUUACACAAGGAAGCCUCCGCCGACCAGUCUAGAUGGUAUGAGCGGGGAAAGCGUGCUGGCCCAGCCGCCACCAAGUACCGCAAAGGGGCUUGCGAGAACUGCGGUGCUAUGACCCACAAAACGAAAGAGUGUCUAAGUCGACCCCGGAAGCAUGGGGCCCGGUGGACCGGCAAAAACAUACAGGCGGAUGAGGUUAUUCAGGAUGUGUCGCUGGGGUGGGACGCCAAGCGAGACCGGUGGAAUGGUUACGAUCCUAACGAGUACCGACAAGUGGUCGAAGAGUUUGAAGAAUUGGAGUCGUUAAAACGAUCUGCCAAGACCGGCGAUGACGAGGAGCAGAAGAGGAUUACCGAUGGCGAUCCCGACGAAGAGCAAACACUCGGCGAACUCGGCGAUCAAGCCCGCUACGCUGAAGAAUCCGACAUGGGAAGACAACAGAGCACCGCGACCCGGAAUCUACGUAUUCGAGAAGACACGGCGAAGUACUUGUUGAACCUCGAUCUGGACUCCGCCAAAUACGACCCGAAGACGCGACGGAUGGUUGAUAUGGGCGCUCAAGAAGAUCAGGCUGCGGCGCUCGUCGAGGAGGAGAACUUCGUGCGUGCGUCUGGGGAUGCGGCAGAGUUCGAACGGGCCCAGAAAUACGCCUGGGAAGCGCAAGAAAGCGGCGGACCCAAAAUCCAUCUCCAAGCGAACCCGACUUCGGGAGAGGUCAUGCGGAAGAAGCAGCACUCCGAAGCCGAGGCGAAGCGUCAAGCUCAACGGAAGGCGCUGUUGGAUAAGUACGGUGGCCAAGAGCAUCUGGAUCCCAGCCCGCUACGCGAUACGAUGGUUGUCGAAAACGAGAAGUUUGUUGAAUAUGACGAAACUGGUGCCAUCAAGGGCGCGCCAAAGAAGGCCGUCCAGUCCAAGUACCCAGAGGACAUCCUCACCAACAACCAUACUUCGGUAUGGGGCAGUUGGUGGCACAAUUUUGAAUGGGGGUAUGCGUGUUGUUAUUCAACUGUCAAGAACAGUUACUGCACUGGCGAGGAUGGGAAGAAAGCCUUCGAGGAGGCCGACAACAUGUUAAUGCUGGAAGCCGACGGCGACGAUCAAGACAAGCCGGUUGGUCACGAGGCCAGUGAAGCCCAUAGCGCCCAGAACUCUGAAGAGCACGAACAGAAAGACGAAGGCUCCGGCAAGAAAGCGAAGAAGCGCACGCUACUGGAGGCGCAAACCGGCAUCUCAGAAGAGGAGCUGGAGUCGUACAAGCGCAGCCGUCUCGACGCCGCCGAUCCCAUGGCUGCGUUUAUUGGCAAGGACAGUAUUGCCGAAUAGUCUUCUCUUUCAUGUUCAUUCUUUUCUAUGAUCUCUAAUUAGGCGUCUGGUUUUGGUAAAUACCCUUUUGACCAUGUAUACAAAAUAGUGCAGUAUCUAUAGCAAUUGAGUUCUUUGAAAUAUACAUGCAAAU